CAAUGUUUUCAUGGUCUAUUUUUAGCCUCACGCUACACGGCGCUGUGUAGUCAUCACAGAAUGCUGACGUCACACACAUCUUAGCAAAAAUGGCGGAACCAGAGUUGAAUGUGGACAGUCUAAUCAACAGACUUCUUGAAGUCCGUGGAUGUCGACCGGGAAAGACGGUUCAAAUGACGGAGUCAGAAGUGAGAGGCUUGUGCCUUAAAUCCCGGGAGAUAUUUUUAAGUCAGCCUAUAUUUUUGGAACUCGAGGCACCCCUCAAAAUUUGUGGAGACAUUCAUGGCCAGUAUACAGACCUGCUAAGGCUGUUUGAGUAUGGUGGUUUUCCUCCAGAGUCCAACUAUCUUUUUCUCGGGGACUAUGUAGACAGAGGCAAACAGUCUCUGGAAACUAUUUGUUUGCUACUGGCAUACAAAAUUAAGUACCCUGAAAACUUCUUUCUUUUGAGAGGAAACCAUGAGUGUGCUAGCAUCAAUCGCAUCUAUGGCUUCUAUGAUGAAUGUAAGCGGCGCUUCAAUGUCAAAUUGUGGAAAACAUUUACAGACUGCUUUAACUGUCUUCCCAUUGCGGCCAUUAUUGAUGAGAAAAUCUUCUGCUGCCAUGGAGGUUUGUCUCCUGAUCUUCAGUCUAUGGAACAGAUUCGACGAAUCAUGCGACCAACAGAUGUUCCUGAUACAGGACUUCUGUGUGACCUCCUGUGGUCUGACCCUGACAAGGAUGUGCAGGGAUGGGGGGAAAAUGACAGGGGCGUGUCCUUCACCUUUGGUGCUGAUGUUGUCAGUAAAUUUCUCAAUAGACAUGACCUGGACCUCAUCUGCAGAGCUCACCAGGUUGUGGAAGAUGGAUACGAGUUUUUUGCAAAACGACAGCUGGUGACGCUCUUUUCAGCUCCAAACUAUUGUGGAGAGUUUGACAACGCUGGUGGAAUGAUGUCUGUCGAUGAGACCCUGAUGUGUUCUUUCCAGAUUUUGAAACCAUCUGAAAAGAAGGCCAAGUAUCAGUAUGGAGGUCUCAAUUCUGGUAGACCCAUUACACCCCCGAAGAAGAAAUGAUCUAUGACAGUGAAAUCUUUUGGUUUUUCACCAUCUGUGCACUUUUCUGUAGGCUAUAACCUUGUAAAGAAAAAAUGUUGUGUGACUGCAGGAACUCACAGGUAAGGUAAUCUUGAGGUUUGAUUACACUGAUAAUCAAAACUAGCAAGUGACUUACACAGUGAACUUCAUUUUCGCCUGUUGGAAGACCACAGGUGAGUGGAAAAUAAUAAUUUUUAAUAACGCUAGUGAUAUGAAAUUUUAUACGAUGUUACAGGGUUGAAUGCUGCUGACUCAAUUUUAUUUGUAUGUAUAUUUAAAAACAAAAACCCUUGAUUUGCAGUAGAAAUACAUGAAGGACUUAAUUUUUCCCCAUGCAAUAUUUGAAUGACAAGAAGCCUUUGUGCAUCAGCUGCUUCAUCAUACGGAACACAAAUUUAUUAUUUUUCAUUGCCAAUGAAAGAACUGUUUGCAAUAUGAAUUGGCACCAAGGUGUGCAGCUUACUUUGUGCACACACCUGUUAGCACUGUGCGCUGAGUCGUGCCUUGUUUUACCUGUUGCACUACUGUAAACCGUUGGCCAAUUCUUUCUCUUCAUGCUUGUAUUUCCAAGUGGUCUGCCAUAUUGUACAUACUCUCAUGUCUGAUAAGAUGUACAAAACAAUCUCUCCUUUUGUCCAUGUAAAAAAAAAAAAUCACAGCUGCUCUUCUGACAAAUAAAAUGUGCAAACCAGU